UGUUCUUCAUUAGUUUUUCUAGGCUCUGGGUUUUGAACAAUUUUAAGUUUUUUUUUUUUUUUUUUUUUUAAAUUAAGUUUCUGUGUAUUGGAAAAAAAACCAAGAGAAUAAUCAUGUUGGUUGAAGAUACCGGAGUCGGAGAAGAAAACGGACAAAACCUAGAAAUGGAUAUCGAAGAGAACCAAAACCCAGAAAUACAUAUUGAACAGAGUAAAAACCCAGAAACGAAUUUCGAGGACAGACAAAACCCAGAAAAAGAUAUCGAAAACAACCAAAACCCAGAAAUGGAUUUCGAGAAAAACAAAAAACCGGAAAUGGAUUCCCAAGAAAGACAGAGCACAGAAAUGGAUUUCGAGAAAAGCGAAAACCCAGAAACGGAAUCCGAAGAAAGACAAAACCCGGAAAUGGAUUUCGAGGAGAACGAAAACCCAGAAACGGAAUCCGAAGAAAGAAAAAACCCAGAAAGGGAAACCGAAUCCGACUUGAAAAGCAUGGAGUUUUGCGAUGAGGCGUCGCCGAGAGGAGUACUGGAAAUCCCUGUCUCGGGAACAGAGUCGGACCAGAGCAGCAGCACAAGCAGCAGCUCGAGCUUGGGAGAGAAAACGACGACGGGUCGAAGUCAAGGACAACGGGGACAAUGGAAGAACGUGUUGGAACUUCUAAAGAGGAAAUCGGCGAGGAGAUUCUCGACGAUGCCCUUUUUGGCGGCGAGCUACGAGAUGUCGAGGAGGAAUUUGAGGAGGAAGCUGGCAAGGAUUCGCAGCGCCGAGGAAGGCCGUGUCGUCGACUGCGAAGGUUUCAUGGCGGCCAAGCCGUCCUGGAGGAGCUUUGGCUACGCUGAGCUCGCCGCUGCCACGGCCAAUUUCAGUCCUGAUAACCUAAUUGGGAGAGGAGGGCAGGCAGAGGUAUACAAGGGGUGCUUUUCAGACGGUCAAAUUGUUGCGGUAAAGAGGCUUAUAAAGAAGGAGAAGGAAAAUGAAGAGAGAAUUGGUGACUUCUUAUCGGAGCUUGGGAUCAUUGCACAUAUUGACCACCCAAAUGCUGCUCGCUUGCUUGGUUUCGGCGUCGAUGGCGGUUUGCAUUUAGUUCUACAAUUUUCCCCACAUGGCAGCCUUGCUUCUUUGCUCUUUGGUUCAGAGGGUCUGGAGUGGAAGAUAAGGUUUAAAGUGGCAAUUGGGGUAGCAGAGGGAUUGCAAUAUCUACAUCACAAUUGCCAGAGGCGAAUUAUUCACAGAGACAUUAAGGCCUCUAACAUAUUGCUCACCCAAGAUUAUGAGGCUCAGAUUUCCGAUUUUGGCCUCGCAAAGUGGCUCCCAGAGAAAUGGACUCACCAUGUUGUCUUCCCAAUUGAAGGCACAUUUGGAUAUUUGGCUCCAGAAUACUUCAUGCAUGGAAUUAUAGAUGAGAAGACAGAUGUAUUUGCUUAUGGGGUUUUACUUCUUGAGCUCAUAACAGGCCGUCGAGCAGUCGAUUCAAGUCAACAAAGCCUCGUCAUCUGGGCAAAACCUAUGCUAGACAUGAAUAAUUUCAGGGAACUCGCGGACGCUCGACUAGGUGAAGGUUUUGAUAUUAUCGAGAUGAAACGUGUAAUGCUGACGGCAUCAAUGUGCAUUCACCAUCAAUCAUCUAGGCGUCCAUACAUGAAUAGGGUUGUUCAGCUGUUGAAAGCUGAAGAUGGAUAUCAAGAAUUGAAGCCUAAAUCUACAGCACUGAGAUCAGUGAUGUUGGAUGCUUGUGACUUGGAAGAUUACACUUGUUCUACAUACCUAAAUGACCUCAAUCGCCAUAGACAGCUUGUUAUGGAGUAAAAAUGAGUGCCUUCUAUCUCAUAGCCUCUAGUACUUAUUUGGUUGCUUCUUUGUUGUCCUCUUGUUUUUGUUACUUCGUCUUUUUGAGCGUCUUAGAAAUGGGUAUGGCUCUGUUCUAAACGUGUGGGUGAAGUAAAAGUUUCACAAGCUUGUGUAGCUCCUUUGAACUCUGUAAAGUUUGAUGUUCCUCACAAAUCUGUAUAGGUUCCACAGUGAUGGAAAGAAAAUUAGGAAUGUCACUUUAUAUGGACGUAUUACAAUUGACAUUAGAAA